UGCUGUAUUGUUUUAUUCUUGUUCGCCGAAUUUAUUAUUAAAACUUAGUAGAGUGCACCAGAGAGGAGUGCACAUUUAUCUGCAUCGCAAUAAGGUGUAAACAGUUGUAAAUGAGUGUAAAUGAAUUAGUCUGCUGACUCCGCUUCGUCCGGUUGUGAAUUGACGCCGACCCUGAAAUGUGUCGUACCGUACAUCAGCUGCAAAUAUAAAUAUAAGAUCAUUUUCUACGCAAUGUCAGUAUCUAACAAAAGUAAUUUAAAGAAACGGCAUAAAGUGGGAAUACAAUUACGAAAAGUACAAUACUAGUGUUUCAAACUAGAAGGGAUAUAACCAUAUAGGUUAUCGAGUCUGUAGAAAUCUCGCUUUCUCGGAAGAAUCGAUCUUAAAAUGUACAAAAUGAUAUCGAGAACAUUUGUGCGCGAGGGUGUAAACACGUUAGAGCCUUUAAAACGCAGCCCGAUACAACGGGGUCUUGUAAAAGUAGAGAGGGAGACUGACAAGUCCAGAAAAGUUGCCAAUCUCAAGUGGUACUGGUUCGGCAGGUAUAUAAAUUACAUCAAGAACUAUGAGCAUACGUUGGAGCGUAAGUUCCCGCGUACCAUGCAGAUGUACCGUGUAUUCAGUGUCGGCACCAGAGAUGUGUACACAAACUUAAAAAGUUUCGUCACUGCGAUAAAGAAGCAGGGAUCGAACGGCGUAAAUAGCUUAACACGGGAACAGCUGCAGCUGAUGCACACGAUGCCGAAGGAUCUGCGAAAACUCUUACCGUUGUUUCUACUGUCGGCUGCGCCGUUUACAAAUUACAUUAUUUUUCCCCUAGCUUUGUACUUUCCACGCUACUUACUGACGUCACACUACUGGACGCUGCAACAGAAGCUAGAAUUUAUGCUGUCCGAUCACAGGGCGAGAUUGAAACACAACAAACCAUUGUUCAGGUGCAUGCAGGCGGAGUUCAAGAGCAUCAAAGAUAAAACACUUAAAAUAAAAUGGCGAGACGUUAUAGCUUGCUUAGGAAGUGGUACACAUCCAACCACCAAGAAUAUCAUAGCUUGUUCCAAGCUUUUUUCGGGUCCACCAUAUUCUCUUAAUAAUCUCAAAAGGAAACACCUGAAAGAAUUGUUGGCAAUACAUGGUAUGUCACUAUGGAGACCUUUCAAGAGGAAAAGAUUGAUGGAAAGGGGUAUGUUAAUAUUGCGAAUGGAUCGUGCUAUCGUACGAGAAGGAGGAGUAAAAGAAAUGUCUAACGAAGCGAUACGAUGGGCAUUAUCUUUUAGAGGCGUAAAUCCUGCAAAUAUGUCUAUAGAAAGUAUGAGAAGCUGGCUUGAGCAAUGGUUAAUAAUAUCAGCAUCUGUUGACCAAAAUAAUUUAUCUUUGUUAUUACAUAGCCCUAUUUUAUUAGCUUAUAAUCAUUCAACAAAUUGGACUCUUAUAUAUAAUUGAA